AUGCCUCGAGUUUUGACGCUUGCAGACAUAUCAGCCGUAUGCAGCGGCUACGGCUCCUCACUCAUCCGUGAACAAGCCGCUUGCGGGGGCGCGGCGGGGGCUGCGCUGAGCGCUCUGUUGGCGUGCGCGCCCAGGGAUGCCGCAGACCUGGUGCAAAGGCUGCUGGUGUUCAACCCUGCGAGGCGGUUAAGCGCUGAGAGGGCGCUGGACCAUGAUUAUGUUGCCAAGUUCCACCGCGAACGCGACGAGCCGACGCUGCCUUCCGACGUCCUCCUGCCUCUAAGGGACGACAAGCAGAUGUCAGUGGACGACUACAGGAACAAACUAUACAGCAUCAUGGCGAAGGGGUCGCAUACUCACACCAAUGGACACGUGAAGAAGGCUCAGCCCAGUGCCAAAAACCACACUCUUCCCACUACAACUAAGAUCAGAAAAUCGUUCAACGACCCAGAGAUAUCCCGGUCUUCUAAGCCCAAGCAUGUCAGCGCUUCCGCCGACCAAAAGACUCGAGUCAAAUCCAGGCCCAUAGAACGGCCUCUGAAAGAGUACAGAUCAGACCAGACCAUUUCCAAGCCCAUGAGAGCUACGAGAACUUAUGACAGCCACUGGAUGGAAAAUUCCAACUGCCACGGGGACUAUUUCCAGCCAGUGACGAGACAAAGUCCUUCGGAGACCGGCUUCAUGAGUGGUAAGAAACCUUCCGUACAGCAUAGAAGGAAUUCCACGUCUUUUUCGACGAUCACUAUAGGGGGGGAUGCGGACUACAACCAUUUUGUGGGGAGGAACCAAAGGCAUGGGGUGAUUACUGCAAGUGCCUUGAUGGAUCUGAGGACCAGUAUCCGAUGAAUUUAAGGACUCGACUCCGAAUCUCGGUUUUUUUAUGCGUAGAGUUUUAGUGACACUUUUUCAAAUAUUUUUAGCCAAAGGCAUAAUGUGGAUUCAUAGAUCGUUUCAUCCACGAAGACGCACCCCACCAUUCUUCCGCUAAUGUUUGAGUGUUAUCGGUACACACUAAAUUAUCCAUUUCGCACAAUACAAU